UUAUUUUUACAUCAAAAUCAUUCCAAUAAUAAUAAAUUGUAGAUUGUCAUUAUUAUAAAUAUUUAUAGAUGAUGUUAUACACAAUUAUACUCGUUAUGCCAUGUUUAUAACCGUAAAUAUAGCCAUACGGGUAAACAACAAUAUAUUUUAGAGGUUGAUCGGUAUCACAAUAUUAUUAUCUUCAAUUCUACACCUUUGUCGGUAUUUUCUAAAACUUGAUUAGUUACAUAAUAAUAUAUCUAAUAUUAGUUAUUACAUUAUUUAAUUUGUCCCUUGUCCGCCGGCCGUCGCUUAGCCCUCUAUCGUGAGUCGUGACUCUAUAGUCUUAAAGUCUUUACCUAUUGGCACUUGGCAGACGACAUCUUAUGACUGUUAUGAGUAUGUUAUGAAAAUAAUAUUAGUAUCAUUACAAAUUUGUCAUGAUUAGUAUUUAGUAGGCACUAGGCAGUAGCUUAUAUUAUUAUUCUAUGACAAAAAUAUUAUACAGUAGGCACUAGGCAGUAGCUGACAACUUCACAGAAAUGGAUGACAUAAUGAGUACAUCAAGUGAACAAGGUUCAAAGCAAGUUCUGAAAUCCUAUAAUUGUGAAUCAACAAAAUAUGAAAAUAGAAAUCACGCAGUUGAAGUAUUAAAAGGCCUUCAAUCAAUGCAAAAUGUUGAAAAUUUAAGUGAUAUAAUUCUUCAAACUGAUGAUGGCCAAAAAGUAUUUGGUCAUAAGGCUGUUUUAGUAAUAAUUAGUUCAUAUUUCCGUGCAAUGUUCCCCAAUAUUUAUGAUAGAAAUAAAGAUUUUGUUAAUAUAUCAAUAGAUUCAACUACAUUAAAAAUGUUGGUUGAUUACAUGUACACUGGCGAAAUCACGGUCACUAUAGAAAAUGUAAAGAUGGACUAUGUAAAAGAUGUAUGUGCCGAGUUUUUGCAAAAACAACUGAAUCCAUCAAAUUGUCUUGGUAUCAAAGCAUUUGCUGACUUACAUAACAGUGUAGAAUUGUUAUCAAGUUGUGAAGCAUACAUUAAAAAACAGUUUUUCGAAGUGGUCGAAUAUGAUGAGUUCCUGUCUUUAUCUUUUGAAGAAGUGAUUGGGUUAAUCUCCUGUAAUGACCUUAAUGUUCCAUUUGAAGAAAAAGUAUUUGAAUCUGUCAUUAAAUGGGUACAACAUGAAUUAGAUUUAAGAGCUGAUGAUAGUUUACCGAAUUUAAUGUCUUAUGUCCGUUUGCCAUUAAUUGGUAUACAGUACAUAUUAAAAGAAGUAGUUGAUCAUCCUCUUCUCGAACGCAUUCCUAAAUGUAAAGACUAUGUAAUUGAAGCGUUACGAUUUAAUCUACUUAAGACACAACAAAUUUUCACCAUUCCACAGUCAAUUCGGAGUAAACCUAGACAGUCUGAACAUAAAGUUUUUUUGGUAUUAAGUUGGUCUCGAGCAAUGAAAAUGAGUUAUACUAACUGGUAUGACCCAGAAGCCAACAGAUUUCAGAUUGCACCAGGAUUGAAAGAACGCCGUAGUAAUGCUGAUCUAGGCUUGGUGUCAGAUCAAUUUAUAUUUGCUGUAGGCGGUGUUUAUAACUCAAGUUCUCGGUCUGUUGAAUUUGUAGAUAUAUCGACACGAUCACUAAGAUGGAUACCGAUGGUUGACAUGUUAAUUAGUCGGAGAAAUUUAGGAGUUGGAAUUGCAAACAGUUGUAUUUAUGCUAUUGGCGGAGAAGGUGAUACUGGCCAUUUAAAUACUGUAGAGGUUUUUGAUGUCAGUAUUCAAAAAUGGCGAAUGGUAUCAAGUAUGUCUACUAAAAGAAGUCGCUUUGGUGUUGGCAUAGUUAAUAAUCUUAUAUAUGCGGUAGGAGGUUUUAAUGGUUCAUCAUAUUUGAAAUCCGUAGAAUGUUAUAAUCCAACUCUUGACACAUGGACUCCAGUUGCAGAAAUGUCAGAACAUCGCAUUGGUGUUGGUGUUGGAGUCUUGGGAAAUGUUAUGUACGCUAUUGGUGGGUGUAAUAGUUCAGGAUUUUUUAAAUGUGCCGAGAAGUAUAGUCCAAGUACUGGAAAUUGGACUCCUAUUGCUGACAUGCAUUUGGGUCGAGCCUCUGCUGCAGUAAUCAUAUUUAAUGGCAUGGUGUAUGUGAUGGGUGGAUUUAACGGAACGUCUAUUUUGUUUUCUGUAGAAAUUUACAAUCCCAACACCAAUACCUGGUCCAUAAAAGUAUUACCAAGUUGUAUUGGUCAAAUUUAUGAUGGAGUAGUUGUUAAUAAACCACUGUAUAAUUAAUGCCUACAGUAACUGUUUAUUCAUAAUUCAAUAUAUUUUAUAUAAUAUUAUUCUUUAUUAUGAUGUAUAAUUUAACAAUUAAUAUUGUUACACAAGUGAUUUUAUAAUGUGAGACUGAAAUGUUUUUAUAUAACUUUAUUUUACUUUUUAUACUAAUAAACAAACUAAGAUUAAUUAAAUUACCAUACCACCUAAAUAGUAAAUACUAUAUUUACAUUGUUUUUGGUACAAUUAACUACUGUAGUUGGUGUUAGCAAAAGAAUGUUUUAAUUACAUCUACAUAAUAUUUUGAUUCCUAAAUAAA